AAGACAGUCAGAGUAAAAGGUACACGGUGAGCGUCAUUCUAGUGUACGCGCGACCGGCUACCAGUACGCACGCGUUUACCAUUAAAAAUAAAGCCCGCCAAAUUGUAUAUAACGUGAACUUAUUCGAAAUUCAAAUUGAAAACAUUCCUAAGAACAGUUACGUUCUCUUCAUUAUCUGUGGACAAUUAUUGUUUGUUAGGGUAUAUAAACAUUAAGGUUUAACGAUUGCGUGAAGGCGUAAACGAGGAAUAAAGGUAAAUAUAUAAUUAUGAGAAUAUAGUUUAUUUAAUUUGCCGGUGCUUUAUAUACUUGUUUCGUCACGUAGACUAGACGAUCUUCUGUUUAAUUUUAUAAGGUAAACGCGGUGCACGUAUUUGAAAGUGAUUCAGUGAAAUAUAGUGGCAGUGCAGUGUAUUCUUUGUUUUUACAAUGAGAAGACGCUCGCGCAGCUGACUAUCCCACGCUGCUUACAUUAUUAUGCAAGCGCGAUCGUAAUAGCGCAUAAAUAUUUGAGUUGACAUUUAAGGCAAUGUCGAGCGAAUAUUGAAUCAUGGCUUUGGCAAAUUUUACGGUGACCACUCUUAAUGCUGCAACACCUGCGCUCGCGGCAAUAUCGUCUGAACCCUUGCGAGUACAACUAGAUGAUCUUCUUUAUUCUCCUGAAGAACAACAACCAGAAUAUGCAGCACAGUACACUGGCAACGAACCCUUCAUACCACCCCCUAAUAUACAACAGCCAAGAAAAUCAAAAGUUAGAAAACGUGCUGGAACAGCGUAUCUGCCCCCACCCAAUCAAUUCACACAUUAUCCACAACAAAAUAAUGUUCCUCAAAAUCCUUUUAACAGUCAGCUACAUACGCAAAUAUACCAACAAAAUACGAGACUCAAUCUACAGAUAGACAAUCAGCGAGUUCAAGAAAUCAAUGCAAAUUAUGAUAAUACGGGACAGUAUGUUCAUGAUCCUGCAGGAGAUUACGACUAUGCGCAAAGAAAAAAUGCAGCGCAGCGACCACCUUAUAAUCCAGGUUAUGCGGAUACACCUUUUCUGCCAGCGACCACAACUGGUCCGCCAUCUAGUCGAAGGUUUGACGGCGUCUCAAACCAAAACUUUAAUAUUGUAAGUGGUCCUGCGACACCGCCAACUCAAUCGGCAUCGCGGAAGCAAAAUGAGGCUGGAAAUAAUAUUAGUGGUAAUAGUGGUACAAAUGGACAAACACCUCCAGAUCGCCCUCGAGGCUUUACUAAAGUUGAAACAGGCGGUUCAGGAGGUAAAACACAACUACACGCUAUACUCGACUACGACGACGAAGACGAUUACUAUGAAGACGUACCGGGAUCAGAUUCUGGUCAGCCGGCAGUAACGCCUCUACAGGGCCCUAUUUUAUUACGCAAUGGUUCCGUACCCGUCGUGCCUCUAACCUCCUACCCAACAGUCAACAAUGGAACAUUCUACCAAAUACCUAUCCUAUGGACCGCCCUGUCACUAGCCUUGGGCUACGAGCUUCAAGGUCAAAUUAUCCGAGGAGUGCCUUGCGUGAAACGAAAUUUUCAACUCUAUUGUCCGACCGCCGGUAAUACGUAUCCUAUAGAUAAAAUCGAAACUUUCAUAGAUGAGAAUAAAGCGUUAAUAAAGCGAAUGUACGGAUCAUUUACAAUACCGGGGGGAAACAGAGUGCGUAGAGCUCCGGGUGUACCUGACAUGCAUUCUGGGGACUCCUACUUCCGACAUGCUCGGCAGACAAAGCCUUCAUUACCUGACACACAGUCAGUCAACAAUACUGGGAGGAUAGACGCCUGCGAAAGUAAAACAGAAAUAAUGACACCGUAUUGGGCGCUUAACUCGGCGAGGAAGUUACGAGCAAUAGUCAACACUAUGCAUUUCGAACAAGCUAUACAUCAAGAAGUUUGCAGCAAAAAAUCUACCUCGAGAUGUUCAGGCGAUUGCGGGUGUGAACAGAAGUACAAAUGGCAUCGAUUGCUGGCCUAUGACCCCAAUGACGACUGUGCUGGCAUAUUCAUGGACUGGUUUUUAUUCCCAUCGUGCUGCGUGUGCCGAUGCAAGCCAUAGAUUAUAAAUUAUAGUAAUAUCAAAUUAUUUUUAAUUAUUGGUCAAUAUAAUGUUAACAUGAUAUUUUUUUUCUUGAAAAAUAGGCAUAUGUUGAAUAAUAUCUGCCGCCUUGUUUUAAAAUUUAAAAAAUAUAUAAUGUAUAUUAUAUAUAUGAAUUCUAAAAUAUUGACUUUAUUAAACUGUUUUAUUUGUAAUUACUAUAUUAAUGAGAGCUAUUAAUUAAAUAUUUAUAUUAAGUCUUAGAUUUUUAUAAUUUUGUAUACUUAUUAAAUAAAUCCUUAAGAAUAUCUUAAAGAAA